AUGGAUAGCCAGAGUAGUGAGAGUAGUGAGAGUAGUGGAGUGGGGCAGGGGCCUAGCUCCUGCAAGUCUACAGUCCUGAGGGACCAGUAUGAGGUCCUGAGGGACAUUGGGCAUGGUGGGUUUGGCCAGAUCAAACUAGCCCGCCAUUGCCUCACUGGGGCACAGGUGGCAGUGAAAGUUCUGCAGAAGAAAGGGCAGAAACUCCAGCUCCUCUCUGAACCAGAUAUGAUGAGGAGCCUGGAGCAUCCCAACAUUAUCCAGUUAUUUCAGGUCAUUGAGACCCGCGAAAAUAUCUACCUGGUGAUGGAGCACGCAGGUGGGGGCCAGCUAUUGGACCAAGUCCCGCUGGGUGGCAUGCAGGAGGAAGAGGCGCGACGACUGUUCCGGGAGGUAGUGUGUGCCGUAGCCUACUGCCAUGACAAGGGCAUGGUGCACCGAGACCUGAAGCCAAAGAACAUCAUGCUGGAUGACAAAGGUCACAUUAAACUUAUCGAUUUUGGCUUCAGCACCUGGGUCACACCAGGCCAGAAACUGAAGGAGUCCUGGGGCACUCUCUCACACAUUGCCCCUGAAAUUAUCCAGAGGCAAGCAUAUGAGGGCCCCCCAGUGGACAUCUGGAGCCUGGGCGUCAUUCUUUAUUUUAUGUUGACAGGGAAGCUCCCAUUUAUGGGAUCCACCCGUAAGGAGACGAUGCGGCAGAUCGUGCUGGGAUUGUACCGGGACCCUCCCCAUGUUUCUCUGGCAGCACGGAUGCUCAUUUACCAAAUGCUGAACCUGGACCCCAGGAAGCGGCCCACAGCCAAGCAGAUCCUUCAGCACAUAUGGCUGAUGCAGGGUGAGCGGCAUUUACCCCCUCAUUAUCAUGAGGCACUCCUCAAACWGCCAGACCCCGAAAUACUGACCAUAAUGUUUGAUAUGGGUUAUGAUCUACGCAAGACCUGGAUGUCCCUGGCCAAGAGAAAGUUCAAUGGAGCCAUGGCUACCUACCUUCUGCUCCAGCACCAGAAAAGCCAGGGGCAGGGCUUCAUGUUCCAGGGGAAGCCUGUGCCUCAGAGGGUGAAGCCUCACCUAUGCACCCUGGAUCUUUCCCAUUCCCCUGUCCUCCCAAUAAGGAGCCCCAGUGAGCCUGUCCUGUGCACCUUCUCCUUGCCCUGUGAGCUUCCUCUGCCUGAGGCCAAAAGCUCAGGGCAGAAGCACAUCAGGACGGCCAGCCAGCCACCUAUUCACUUCCAUUUCCCGCCUGCAAGAACCCCCACACCUGGGUUAGCCUCCCAGUCUGACUCUGGGCAACUCCACGCCAGCAGAAAGCUCUGGAAGAGGGUAACUAGAGGGUUUGCUACCUGUGUCCGAAAACUGUGCUGUUGCAUACCACGUGUCAGCAUUAGGGUAGCUCCAAUGUAA